AUGUGGUCUCUUGCAGGAAAUGGCCCCUUUCCAGGAAUUAUUGACUUGUAUGGAACUGGUGGAGGACUCCCUGAAUACAGAGCAUGCCUGCUGGCCAACUAUGGCUUUGCUGUGCUAGCUCUGGCUUACUACAACUAUGAUGAUCUCCCCAAAGAGAUGAAGGAAUUCCACCUGGAAUAUUUUGAAGAAGCCGUAAAUUAUAUGUUACAACACGCACAGGUUAAAGGUCCAGGAAUUGGAUUGCUUGGAAUCUCAAAGGGGGGUGACCUGUGUGUCUCCAUGGCCUCCUUCCUAAAGGGCAUCAUGGCCACUGCCCUUAUCAAUGGCUCAGUGGCAAAUGUGGGUGCAGUGCUCCGCUACAAGGACGUCACCAUUCCACCCCUUGGUGUCAAUGCUAAACGCAUCAAGGUCAACAGCUCUGGGACUGCUGAUAUUAUCGAUGCACUGAACAACCCCCUAGAAGGACCUGACCGCCAAAGCUUCAUCCCUCUGGAGAAAGCUGAGUGUCGCUUCUUGUUCAUUGUUGGCCAGGACGAUCGCAACUGGAAAAGUGAAUUCUUCGCAGUUGAGGGGAGCAAACGUUUGCAAGCUCAUGGGAAGGAAAAGCCCGAGAUAGUCUGUUACCCUGGAGCAGGGCACUACAUUGAACCCCCCUUUUUCCCAAUGUGUGCAGCCUCAAUGCACCUUCUAUUUGGCAAGCCUGUGGUGUGGGGAGGGGAGCCCAAGGCACACUCUGAAGCACAGGUAGAUGCUUGGAAGCAGAUCCAAGCUUUCUUCCGCAAACACCUCCUGAGCAACCCAUCUGAAACACAUAGUAAGCUGUGA